UUUCUCAUCCAUACCCUCCUAAUUCAAACAUUCUCCUACUUUUUCUUCCACCGACCUCACAUACAGGUUACAACAUUCUCUCUCCAACUUUUCUUAACCUCACAUAGAACACUCUCUCCCACUCGAUAAUUCUCCAGACAUAUGUGAUGUGAGACAGUGAGAGUGUUGAAUUUUGCGACCGUAAAGCUUGCUUGGAAAUGGCAGGUAACACACAAAUCAAUUGUAAUGGGGGACAAGGCAAUUCGAGGGACGAAACCAAAGAAGACCGACUGAGUUCACUUCCAGACGAUAUACUCAUCCGAAUUCUCUCUCAUCUCUCAAUAUAUACCGCUCUUAAAACCUCCCGAUUAUCUCGACGAUGGCGUAACCUCUGGAAAGGAUUAACCAACUUCACUUUCAGCACUCGCAGUAUGAAUUUCGAAGCUUUGGAAAAUAUUCUGCACCAACUCACUUCUCCCAACAUCCGCGUCUUCGACAUUUCUUUCAGGCUUCAUGACGAUUCCAAGCAAUUUCAGUCGAAUUUCAAAGCAGCGGAAAGUUGCUUCCUUCACAUUCUUCGCCGCAAUGUCGAGGUCCUUAAAGUUAGGUCAGAUUCUUAUCUUGCUGUACCAAAUUGUGUGUUUAAUUGCCAUACUUUGGUUGUUUUGGAAUUAGAUGGUGAACUUGAUUUCGAGCUGAAAUUGGAUGAGGAGAAUGAUUUACCUCUUGAUGGAACUACUUUUAAUCUCCCUAAUUUGAAGAAACUUCGUUUGCGUGUCGAUUCCUGUGAUUAUUGUUUGUUGAGGACACUUCUUAAGUUUUGCCCUCUUUUGGAAGAUUUGUGUUUGAUACUGGAUUUGUCCGGUGGAGAUCUUCUGGAAAUAGUGGCGCCCAAUGUAAAAUCUUUGAAUAUAGAUAAUUUGGUGGUUACACCAUAUAGUGAUGUUGUUAUUAAUGCACCCAAAUUAGCCAAAAUUAAGAUAUGCGACAUGUGUUCAUAUUAUAGCUUUGAAACGAUUCCAACUUCAUUGGUUGAAGCUUCUGUAAACUUCAGGAGUUAUGACGACACAGUUUGGCAAGUUUUUGAUGGUCAAUAUCAUGGCUGGACGGUAGAGGGUCAUGCUCUUGCCAUGUCGAAGUUUUUUCGUGGAAUGUCUAGUGUUAGCUCUUUUAAACUAAAAUGCUUUGAGAAUAUUCAUAUGUUUCUUGGUUCUUCGAAUGAUGGGGAUAUGCCUGUAUUCCAUGAUCUAACCUUUUUUAAAGCGAAGUUGGACUGUCUUGUUGGUUGGGAAGAUUUGCUCUGCUCUUUACAUUGCUUUCCAAACUUAAUGCACCUUGAGUUGAAGAUAAGUGAUACUUUCUUCUGGGGUCCAAGCAGAUGGUUUGCACCAAUUGUGUUACCGGAUUGUUUGUUAAGUAAGCUGAGGAAGAUUACAUUAAAGGAAAUUUGGGGAAUUCGUGAUGAGCUUAAGUUGAUAGAGUUUAUUUUGAAUCAUGCCAAUGUGCUGGAGGAGCUUUUAAUUUAUGUUUCUACAUUUAUAAAGGAACACGGAGUGAAUCGACUAUGGAAGGAAUACAAAUUUUGUGAGGCCUUGUUUAACCUUUCUAGGAGCUUCUUAACUUGCAAAAUUGUGUUUUCUGGUGUUCAUAUUAAUGCAGCAAGUGAUGCCUUUGAAAAGGGAUUAAUCGGGUGCCAAAUUCUUACCGACUAUAUGACAGACACAGAUAGUGUGACUAGCGACUAGUUACUAUUAGCUUUACUUAAUGGAGUUGGAUUUGUACUUUAGACAUAUUAAUUUGUCUUGUAUUUAACUUGCUUUAGUUUGUUUUGUCAAAAGAAUGGUCAUUGUAUAUCAAAGUUAUUUUUAUUCC